GAUGUAACCAUGGAGACAGUCAGUCACGUGAGCUAGCGGUGCACGUUUACUACAGUGAAUAAGGUGAUUGUGUGCACAGCGUCCACACGCUGCAGAGGACUUGGAGCAAGAUGGCUUUUCCAAGAACCCUUUCUUUCAUGGCAUCAUCGCUGAGGUGCCAGAGCAGCACAGAACAAAAGAAGGGCACACAAAGAUCGGCUAUGCACUUUACAUCUAUUCCUACAGCUCGUUUGUAGGCAGAGCCAUUUAUAUGGAGGACUUGUAUGUGAUGCCUGAGUUCAGAGGGAAAGGUGUUGGUAAAGCACUAAUGAGCAAGGUGGCAGAGCUGGGUCUGGCUGCUGGUUGCCACCAGCUCAACUUCACCGUCCUGAACUGGAACAAACCAUCGAUGGACUUUUACCUCAGCCAGGGCUGCUUCGAUGUCACUGCUACCAUAGGCUACCACUGCAUGCGCUCCGAGGGGGAGACACUAAAGCACCUGGCUCAACUUUAAAACAACCCUCAUGACUUUGUGACCUUUGCAGCCAUGAGGUCAGCCCACACACUCCAGGGAUGGAGCACCACU